AUGAAGCCCAGUGAUCAGGACUCUCACUGGGGUGCUUUGGGCUUCUUCCCAGAAAGUGUUGCAGCAGUUACGUUAUACAACCGUAAAGUGUUCCGUGAUAGCGUCCAGAAGAACACAGAAUCCGCCAUCCGCCGCCUGGCUCACCACUGCAGAGUGAAGCGCAUCUCUGGUCUCAUCUUUGAGGAGACCCGCGGUGUGCUGAAAGUUUUCCAGGAGACGUCAGUCCCUGAUGGCGUCACCCAACACGCCAAGAGGAAGAAGGUGAUCGCCAUGGAGGUGGUGUACGCACUGACGAGGCAGGGCCGCACACUGUAUGGCUUCAGAGGUUUAACCCGAUUCACAAAUAAAAGGCUUAUUUAA